AUGUCGCGCGGCGGAGCGGGCCCCGGAGCGGGGCCUGCCCCGGAUCCCGAGCGGCGCCAGCGGGCGGCAGAGGCGGACACCACCGCCACCUUCCGGGCGAGCGAGCAUCAGCAUAUCCGCUACAACCCGCUGCAGGACGAGUGGGUGCUGGUGUCAGCUCACCGCAUGAAGCGACCCUGGCAGGGGCAAGUGGAGCCCUCGCUCCCGGAGACGGUGCCCCGCCAUGACCCCCGCAACCCUCUGUGCCCGGGGGCCACGCGGGCCAACGGGGAGGUGAAUCCCCAGUACGAGAGCACUUUCCUGUUUGACAAUGACUUUCCAGCUCUGCAGCCGGAUGCCCCCGCUCCAGGACCCAGUGAUCACCCGCUUUUUCAAGCCGAGGCUGCUCGAGGCGUUUGUAAGGUCUUGUGCUUCCACCCUUGGUCGGAUGUGACACUGCCACUCAUGUCAAUCCCUGAGAUCCGGACUGUCAUCGAUGUGUGGGCCUCAGUCACAGAGGAUCUGGGUGCCCGGUACCCUUGGGUACAGAUCUUUGAAAACAAAGGAGCCAUGAUGGGUUGUUCCAACCCUCACCCUCACUGCCAGGUGUGGGCCAGCAGCUUCCUGCCAGAUAUUGCCCAGCGCGAGGAGAAAUCUCAGCAAGCCUAUCGGAGUCAGCACGGAGAGCCCCUGUUAAUGGAAUAUGGCCGCCAGGAGCUGCUCAGGAAGGAGCGUCUGGUCCUAACCAGUGAGCACUGGUUAGUGCUGGUCCCCUUCUGGGCGGUGUGGCCCUUCCAAACACUGCUGCUCCCCCGCCGGCAUGUGCGGCGGCUGCCGGAGCUGACCCCGGCGGAGCGCGAUGAUCUAGCCUCCAUCAUGAAGAAGCUCUUGACCAAGUACGACAACCUGUUUGAGACAUCCUUUCCCUACUCCAUGGGCUGGCACGGGGCUCCCACAGGACCAGAGGCCGGAGCCAACUGGGACCACUGGCAGCUGCACGCUCACUACUACCCUCCUCUCCUGCGCUCUGCCACUGUGCGGAAAUUCAUGGUUGGCUACGAAAUGCUUGCCCAGGCUCAGAGGGACCUCACUCCUGAGCAGGCUGCGGAGAGACUGAGGGCACUUCCUGAAGUUCAUUACCGCCUGAGACCGAAGGACAGGGAGACAGCAGCCAUCGCCUGA